CUCAACUAAUAUGUAUUAUAAGCGCAUACGGGAACACACUUUGAACGCAUUCUGAUGAAAGGCAUAUUCUGUUUCACAUAUAACGCGCAUGAUAUAUCAUUUUAUUCUUCUUUAACGUCGGUGAAUAACAAGGAUAAUAUGAUUCAUCACGCUCGUGCAUGAGAUAGGACGCAGUAACCAACAGUAACCAACGCACUCAAAAACUAACCAAACUAGCAGACAAAUGACUCUCUCAAGGAUAUUACAUACCAUUAUUAGUAUAUCAAUGUGUACAAGUAAUUGUAUUCCGAUAAGUAUACGUAAUAUAGUACAAUCUUGAAGUGUCAUUAAGUAUAUAUUAAAAAUCAUAUUGCAGUAGGUUAUAAUAAUAAAAGAAAGAAAACAUAAAAAUUCAUUAAUCAUUGAGAGAGGUUAGUCAUGGAAAAUACAAACAAUACCGAAUGUAAAAUGAAAGUACUUUGCAAACUACCAAAAGGAUUAGGUGCAAAUGGAAAUCUUAAUGAGAAUUGGCACAAGAUUAGGGAAAGUUUUGAUAUAUUUUUAAAAGUGACAAACAAUAUUAUAAAAUCGGAUGAAGUUAAAAUUGCUAUAUUAUUAAAUAUUGUCGGCAAAGAUGGUAUUGAAUUAUACAAUAAAUUUAAUCUCCAAGAGGCAGAGAAGAAGGACUUGACAAAAGUGUUGCAAUGUUUUGAAGAGCAUUGCAAUCCUAAGAAAAAUGUUAUACAUGAAACAUUUAAGUUUUUUAGCAGAAUACAAAAAGAAGAUGAAACAUUUGAGAGCUUUUUAACAGAUAUAAAAAAGCUGAGUCAAAUGUGUGAAUUUGGUAUAAUGACUAACAGAAUGAUUCGAGACAAAAUUGUGUUUGGGAUAAGAGACAAAACACUACAGGAUAAAUUUCUAAAAAUGGAAGAUCUUAAUUUGCAAAAGGCAAUUAAUUACUGCAGAGCUGCUGAGACUCGAGAAAGAAAUCUACAAGGCAAACUAAAGAAAUAUGGUCUAAGAAAGAAGGUAACACAGAAGUCCAAUAGAAUCAGAGGCAAGAAGGUGAUACAAAAAUCCAAUUGCAGUAUAUGUAACACAAAACAUGACCCAAACAAAUGCUUACAUGGGAAAAAACACAAGGAGUGCAGUAAACUAAAUUAUUUACCCGAGGAGGAAGAAGAAGAUGAUGAACGGAUUCCAGUUCGACGUUGGAUACGUAAAAAUUACACAAAAUUAACCACAAAUAAAGCGAAAUGCAAUCAUUGUUCUGAAGUAUUUAGUUAUAAAUAUGUGCCUGAAUUACCUUGCCACUUGAGGUUGGUCCAUCCAGACAAAUUAACAGAAAAGGAGAAGGAAGAUCGUAAAAUCAGUUGGAUAUGGGAUUAUUUCACACCAGGAAACAAUAUGACUGCUAUAUGCAACAUUUGUAAUAAAACAUAUAACAUAGUAUCAACAACCAGGUGUUUAAAUUUACACUUAAAACGGGUUCAUAG